GCGGGGCAGCGCGGCCGCCCUCGGGCUCGGCAGCGGGGCCGAGCGGCGCCCGGGAUGUUCAACCGGGCCGUGAGCCGGCUCAGCAGGAAGCGGCCGCCCUCAGUUUCCUUCCUUAUAGUUAAAAGUGGAAUCCAGUAGCCAUCUGUUGCUAGAGACAGUCAAAAGAGGAUGUUGAAGCUCGUGCUCUGAACACCCCACGCGUGAGAGGACAGCUCUGCUGUAGCAAAAAGGUCUAAAAUUCAGCUGCUGCUAGGAAAAAACUGUUGUGCGAGGAUUCAUCCGCUGAUGCUUGGAUACAUGGAAAAGAUAAAUGAUGGUGAGGGCCACCCAAGCAGCAGCCACCAAGCCUUGAAAGGAACCUCGAAAUGGGCCACGUCACUGGAGAACCUCCUGGAAGACCCGGAGGGAGUCAAACGCUUUAGGGAAUUUCUAAAGAAAGAAUUCAGUGAAGAAAACGUUUUGUUCUGGUUAGCGUGUGAAGAAUUUAAGAAAACACAGGGAAAAAAGCAGAUGCAGGAAAAAGCUAAGGAGAUUUACAUGACUUUCCUGUCCAGCAAAGCUUCCUCCCAGGUCAAUGUUGAAGGGCAGUCCCGUCUGAGUGAGACCAUCCUGGAGACACCUCACCCUCUCAUGUUCCAGAAGCUCCAGGACCAGAUAUUCAACCUGAUGAAGUAUGACAGCUACAGCCGCUUCCUGAAGUCAGACAUCUUCCUAAACCAGAAGAAGAGUGAGGAGCAAGAGGAGAACUCCCCAGAGGCUCAGACUGCAGCUAAAAGAGCAUCAAGAAUUUACAACACAUGAGACACAAUGGAUCUCCUCAGGAGAGGCCCUACAAUAAGGAAAUUACACUCAGGAACAGUCUAGGUUCAUAGCAGUUGCAUUUAGGGCUUGGAAAGCUCAGAACCUUUUUAGGAGAUACUUACCUUCUUAAUUGCUUGAAUGACUAAUUGUUUUUGCAUGAUAGCUAUUAACCAAGCACCCAUGGAAGGACUGUUCCCCAGCUGAAAUGCUGAGGUAUUCCUCCCUAGCAUGAAUUGCCUUUCAUACUUCACAAGUUGAAAUGCUUUCAAUUUUUUUUAUUUUCCUUUGUGAGGCAUCUUGGUGACGAGAAACGGGAGAUAGCGUGGUUGGGUUUUUAUUUUUGCCUUGUAAUUUUUAUUUGGGACUAGCUUUUACAUCCUGAGCUGCUGGGAGAAGCAGCUGAGGAGAACAUUUCACAUUAGUUUGUGGGUGAGUCAUUCACAGCAAAUUUAAUCAUAAAGGGACAGCAUCUUUCAGGGUUAAGCUCAGUAGAAUCCAAUCCCUUCCUGUGUGACUUUGUUCUUUCAGGGUGAUAUCUGUUUUGCUUUGCCUUUAUUGCUGAAUCAAAACACUUCCCUGGUCAUGAUUUUUCAUUUUUGUAUCUCCUAAAUUUCCCCUUUUCUUUUUUUUUUUUUUUUUGCAGUAGACAAUCACCUUCUUCAGAGGAUGGGAUAACCUCUAUUCCCUCGGGAGCAAAGGCUCUAAAAGAGAGAGAAUCUCUGAAGAACUCCUAACUGCCAUUAGGAGAUGUGACAGCAAACGAGUAAAUGUCCCUCUCAGGGCACACUGGUCUCAGCAAAGCUUGGCUUUGUCCCUCAUACCAGUGUGACAUCAGAUGCUGCUAUCAGGAAGCAUCUGGUCUCUCCCAGGUCUCCUGACCAAUCCUGCUCUGGGCACCAACAGUGCUUUGGCAAAGGACCAACACACCAAAUCUGCUUUUGUUUUACUCUUUUUUUUUUUUUUUCCUGCUAAAAUCACCCUGCAGAAUUUUUUUUUUUUGCCCCACUCAAAUAUUUCAGGGUUUCCUAAUUGUGAUUUUGGAGAGCUGCAGUGGAGCAGGGAGUUGGGUUUGGGGUUCAGCCACUCACAUCAAGCCCGAGUGCAAGGGGAAUUUAUUUCUGCCCUGUGCAAUCAAAGGUUGGUGGAAAAAGACCAAUUCCCAUUCCCAAUGAACAUUCCAUGUUGUCCUGGGAAUGUGUCAGCAUUGCAAAGCACAUUUUGGCAUAGAGUUUUUCAUGUGUUCAUGUAUUUUUUGAUUAAUUCACUGCAGUUGUUACUAAAUUGCAGUUUAAGCUGGGAAAGUGUAUUAGAUACUUGCUCUAUUUACAAGCUUCACAGCUGUAGUCUGGCUGUUUCCCACUCUCUCAUUAUUUACUCUUCCAUUUUUUGCACUGCUUGUCUUGAACUUUUGUUUAUGUGCUGGCUAAUCUAAAUGCACAGUUAGCUUUUGAACAUUUUGUACUUAUUUUUUUUUUGUCAGAAAGGCCAGAUAUGUUUCAUACAUUGCUGUCACAAUCAAUGCUUAAAAAUCUAAGUCUAGUUUGUCAUUUUUGAGAAUGCAGACUCACUUGGUAGACUUGAUUAUUUCUUUCAACUCUGAGCCACUCUUGCAGGUAUUGUGUAAAGGAAAUUGUUUCCAUGGGCUUUUCCCUAGUUAAAAGUGGGAAUGGAAGUUCUGAUUCCUCCCCUGGAGCUCCAUGCCCUGUUCAUUUUUAGGAAAUCAAAGAAAGAAGAGGUCAGUGCCUCCACAAUAUGCAUGUUGUAAGGUGUAAUUCUUAUGCACUGAGUUAAUGUUCUUUUUAUGCUCUUGAAAGAUUUAAUGGUGAAGUCCUAUUACUUCAGGCACUUUCAGUGGUAUUUGACCUCAUGCUUAAGCUGUAUUUCAAUGUUUUACUGAAUAAGAAUGAACUAAACAUGUGCAUGAAUCUUUUUUUUUCUUUUUUUUUUCCUCUCUGCUGGGGCCUUGGAAAUGGGACCAUCCACUUCUGGACUUGCCAGCUAUUUGUAAUCUCAGGAUUGCCUCUUUUGAAAAUCCACUGUAAAAACAAAUCUCUCAAUGCCUGCCACAGCAGAGGACAGAACUUCUGAUAGCAUUAAAGCCCUUGGGAGUGGGCAGCUCAGCCAGUUUAGGACUUGGGAUUUGUGUUUUCCCAGUGUUUGCUGCAUUAGUCUGAGUGAUACUGAAAAAUUCAGCAUGGGGACAUUCGUGGGAAAGAUGCAGAACGAGCUCUUACCACAUUCAUCACAUGGAUGCACAGUAGAUUCAUUUUUAAUCAUAUUGAUUUUAAAAAUGCAUGAGCAAGGCAGGAGAGCCUUUGACUAUCAUGUUUUAAAAGGGUAACAAUAGAAAACAAAACCAGGAGCCUUAUGAACAAAGGUGGAGUGUUAAAGAGAGACAAUAAGUUUGUAGCUGCUUAUGAACAAUAUUUCCUUGGCAAUAUGUUCCCUUUCAGGUACUGUCUUUGCUUGCUCAGAGCAAAUGCCCCACAUGAGUAGACACAAAGAUGCUUUACACUACCACAGGAUGACAGUUACUGAAAUGGAAAUGGAUCUUUUAGCAGCAUCUCCAAUCCUAUGAUGUUUAUUUCAAUAUCUAUUAUGUUCUUAACCUAAUGUACCUUAACCCACAAAAUUCUUAAUCUUUGAGUUGCUCUUUUACCUCAGAGGUAAAAAGUUGAUUGCGCCAUUCUCGUUGUGGUGCCUGGGUUUGUUUGAUUUCUCUACCACACCCACAAGUAGACUUGCAAUGUGCAGAAAGCAAAGAUGCUUUUCCCUCUUCAUUAGAUUAUCUGUAUUUUUCAGUAAAAGGGCAAUCAAAUUAAACCCAUGCAAGCAGAUGUCUGUAAUUGCAAUUGUGCAUAUGUGGGGAAAAUUGGUAUUACUACAAACUUGCUCCUGGAAGUGGGUGACACUUGCUCCACGUGGCACAGAACAAAUCCCACAGGCAGAAAAAGAACUGUUUCCCUGGGAGUAAAUCCCUCAUUCCAGGAACUGCAAACAUUGCAUCCAACCUCAGGCUGUAAGUGGGUGCUCAGAGUUGCUUUAUGUAGAGAUUAAAGAUAGGAUCUACUCCCUCUCAUAGAACUUACACUGAAGGUAUGAGCACACAAAACAAGCAAGAGAAGUUUCAUGCCUGAUUGCAUGCCUUAAACUCUACCCUAUUUUGUGUUUCUCAGCUAAAAAUUAAAAUUAUUCUACAAAUACACGAAA